AACAGUUAAACGUCAAACACCGAAAAAAGAGCGAAAAAGUGAAGCGCUUCGUGUUGGAAAAUAUUUUGAGGAUUAUUUAGCUCGAUUUUCCUUGUUUUAUAGUUCCCGACCCGACUAUAAGCGGAAAUUUUAAAACUCCUGCGAAGCUGCUAUUGCAACAGCAACGUGAAUGUUUAUACGAAUUGCCUGGAAAUAUAACACAAAUAUCAAGCGAUGUCACUGAAGAGCGCCAGAAAAAUUAACUAAUCUUCCUAUAAGUUUGGUGAAACCGUUUUGUACAUCAUCAUUCCAGAUCUUUGGGGAAAAUAACAUCAAAAUAGGAUUCUGUGUCAACAUAAUGAGUUUCAAAGGCAAAACGUGUCUAUUCUGUUUGAAACAGAGACAGAUCUUGGUCAAAGACCAAGAAACCGUGAAGACUCUUCGGAAAGUGUACAAUUUGGAGGUUACCUCUGAAGAAUGUCGCAUAUGUGCCGAGUGCCAUUUCAACAUCGGUCAAAUAAACCAGUUCAAAAACAAUAUCGAAGCUGCUUCCGAUAUCGAACCAGAUAACUGUUUUGUGUGUAAAUCCGAAAUCACUCUCACAGAACCCGACGUUGAACGCGUGGUAGACUACCUUCGGAAACAAUGCACAACUAUUGAUUUCAGCAGUACGGAUGCGGUCAAAGCAUGUGUGACCUGCCUCUAUCUGUUGGAAAUAAGUAUCAAGUACGAAAAGUUGGCAAAAAAUUAUGCCAAUACGCAGCGCAUCUGCAAACAGUUUGCAACUUUAAGGGAAUGUAAUGUGGCCUUGUGGAAAAUAGAUCUGGACACGUUGGGCAGUAUCUGUGGGCUGCAAAAACACAGUAAAAAUGAAAAUCGUGGAGUUAAAAGAGGUCGUACCUCAGCAGGGAGCCGCGACGAGCAGCCCACUAAACGUUCGAAACUUGAAGACGGCGCCGUACUUCCGGUAAUGCUAACUAAGUUGACUCCGACAGUGAACCGCCCUGGAAUGAAGAAAGGUUCAAGUAGCAGCCCUAGCGGAUCUAAAGGAAAAGGGUCAAAAAGUAGUGACAAAUUUUUCAUAAAGCUACCGAUGCCAAAAAUGAACUGGAAAAAACAAAAGCGCCCUAAAACCAAAACAUCACAUUCCCCUAUACGAGUUAUUCCUCAAAAACCAACAACGGAAGAAUUGAACCAUAUUUUCAACACCGACCUCCGUCCGCUGUCCGUUCAGAUAGAGCAUGUAGAUCUGUCCAGUUAUAUGAAUCGAACGAUAGCACAUGACAAGGCCGCUCGUUUAUCACGCAAGCCGAGAAAGGAAGAGUUUAUUGGUUUGGAUGAGGAGGACAUGGUUGAUUUUCAGAACACCAGUAUCAGUUCCGUAGGGAAGAGGAAAAGUAUUCUAAUUACAGAACGAAUCGAAAGCCCAAACUCGGCAAAGAAAAAGGUCAAAUUUUCCGAUUCACCUAGUAUCAAAUAUGUUGAAAGAGUGGAUCUGAGUGGUAGAGAUGACGACGAAGAAAGCGAUGAAGAUGACGACAAAGAUGAUGCAGACUAUGAAGGCUUUAAAAGAGGAAAUAAAAAGGGCCCUAAAGACUCAAAAACUCCAAAUGGAACUUCUCCCUCUACACCAGAAAAUGGCAGAUCGCGAAGAGGGGUGAAGCAGACCCCAAAUAAUAAUGACUUAGAAGAGAAUGUUACCGAAAAGAUAAGUGAAGCUGAAUCGUCUGCGUCUGUAGCUGAUGAAACAGCAGCUAAUGUGAAAGAUAAGAAUAGUGACGAAAGACGUGAAAAAUCAGAAACGCCACCAGUCGUUGAGAAAAAUCAAGCGGAGGAUGAUCUUCUCGGAAAGGAUAAAAGCUGCGACACAGAAGGAAAUCCCUGUGACAGUACGCAGAAUCACGAUGUAUCCGAAAAUACGGAUAAACCUACAGACACCACUGGAAACAUUGCCGAAACAAGGGAUAAGCCAUUAGAAUCCACUGAUACUGAGGAAGUCAAGGAAGAGCAGUCUACUAGUACUGUGGAUACGUCAGCUCCUAUGGAUGCUGAAGACUCCAAUUCAGCCGGAGAAGUGGAAACGGAUACAGCAGAACCUAUGAAAACUUCCGAUGAUAAUGCCGACUCGCCGGAUGCCGAAAUGAAAGAUGUCGACCAGCCAGAUGAUGUAGAAAUGCACGAAGCCAAAGCUGCUUCACCAGUUGAUGUUGAAAUGAAGGAUCUGAACGGGGAAACCGAAUCGAUUAAAAAAACAACGGGAGAUUGUCUACAAUCGACAUCAGAGGAACCGGUAGACACAGAUUUCGACACUUUCGAUAAGCAGGAAGAAGAAAUCCAAAAUGUCAAAGAUUCACUCGUUAAUAUUCUCGGGGUAGAAAUAUCGGACUCGGAAAACGAAGUGAGUCAAGACAACGUUCAACAAUCUAAUUCUGCUCCCGAAGAAGUGCAAAACGAUCAAAAAGAGAAUAAAAACGAAGAAGAGUCGUCUAAUUUAAAAGAUGAAACUCAACCAGAAGAGAAUGAAGAGAAAUAUGUUACUGAGGAGGAAUCUGCAGAGAAAAUUGAACAUAACAAUGAGGUAACACAGACGGAACAAAAAGCAGAUGAAACUCACGAUGCUGAUAAACCUGCGGAGGGUACCACAACACCCGAGAAAAAGAACCAAUCCUUUUCAUCUCUGGAUGACGUUGACGAUAUCUCAGACGAUGACGACAUUCUAGAUCAACUAGACAACAAUGGCGUAAGAACGCCGGACUUGCCUCCGCUAGGUGAAGAUAGUCUGUAAAAUAGCAUCGAUAAGAAAAGUCUUCAAGAUUUUUGUUUCAUUUCAUUUAUUGUUUUGUUUUUUCCUCAUUUAUUUUAUCUUAAAUCGUAUGGAACAAAACAAAUUUUACGAGAUUAAAGUUUUUGGACAUACAAAAAAAAUCACAACAGAUGCAGCAGUAUAAAAAAUAUUAAAGAAACCAUUUUAGUCGCUAAACCGUAUAAUUUUACGGCAAAGUUUUAUGUGGAAAAAUGUUGAAGUGUCUGGUAGAAUGUAUGAUGUAAAAGAAAUAUUGCAUUAAGUUUGGAAA